GGGCGCCGGGCGCCGGGCUCCCGGGUCCCCAGCUCUCCCGCCCCGGUCCUUGCAGUCAGCCCCGGGCGUCCUCCGGGCCCGGCUGUCCGCCUUCUCCAGAGCCGACCGAGCCCGGAGGGGCGUCGAAUUACGCCGGGCUGCGGAGCACAAAGGACUGGGUGGGCCGCUGGGGAUGCUGCGGGCGGCCCGGGGUUGUGAGCGGCCGCAGGUGUUAACUGUCUUGCCUACGAUGAAGCCAUCAUGGCUCAGCAGGACCGAAUUCAGCAAGAGAUUGCUGUGCAGAACCCUCUGGUCUCAGAGCGGCUGGAGCUCUCUGUCCUAUACAAAGAGUAUGCUGAGGAUGACAACAUCUAUCAACAGAAGAUCAAGGACCUCCACAAAAAGUACUCAUACAUCCGCAAGACCAGGCCUGAUGGAAACUGCUUCUAUCGAGCUUUCGGAUUCUCCCACUUGGAGGCGCUGCUGGAUGACAGGAAGGAAUUGCAGCGGUUCAAGGCCGUGUCCGCCAAGAGCAAAGAGGACCUGGUGUCCCAGGGCUUCACUGAGUUCACAAUUGAGGAUUUCCAUAACACGUUCAUGGACCUGAUCGAGCAGGUGGAGAAGCAGACCUCAGUGGCCGACCUGCUGGCCUCCUUCAACGACCAGAGCACCUCGGACUACCUGGUGGUCUACCUGCGGCUGCUCACCUCGGGCUACCUGCAGCGCGAGAGCAAGUUCUUUGAGCACUUCAUCGAGGGUGGCCGGACCGUCAAGGAGUUCUGCCAGCAGGAGGUGGAGCCCAUGUGCAAGGAGAGUGACCACAUCCACAUCAUCGCCCUGGCCCAGGCGCUCAGCGUCUCCAUCCAGGUGGAGUACAUGGACCGCGGCGAGGGUGGCACCACCAACCCCCACAUCUUCCCCGAGGGCUCCGAGCCCAAGGUCUACCUUCUCUACCGGCCUGGACACUACGAUAUCCUCUACAAAUAGGGCCGGCCCCGGCCUGCCGCUGCCCUGCCUGCCCUCCCCUCUGCCAGGCGCUAGACAUGUACAGAGGUUUUUUUUGUGGUUGUAAAUGGUCAUACUUCACUCCCCACCCCCUUCCCUGUCAUACGACCUUCCGUGUUUUAUUAAAGGGGACGCUGGUGGUGAGCCACGUGUGUGCGUGUCCCUGCUCUGCUGCUGCCCACCUGGCUGCUCUGUGUCUGGCUGCCCCCCUUCCCCUCAGGUGGGUUCCUCUCAGCCUUCCACCUGUCCACCCCCAAGCUUCCCCGCCAGGAGCAGUUUUGAGGGGGCUAGGCCUCUUGGGGACCCCUCCUGCUUAUUGGGGUUCUGCUUCCUUCCCUUGAGGCUCUGCCCCUUCCCUCUUUAGCUGGCCAGGGGCUUCCAUGGGGAUGUGGAAGUUCCUCAGAGAGAGACUUGCCCAGGGACCCAGGACCACCAGAGCUUCAAGCUGCCCCCCCAUAGGCCCCGCCUCCACCCUGCUGUCCUGGCCAGGGCCUGGGUUGCCUGCCCUCCAUCAGGGGUCUGCAUGGUGGAGGAGUCCCGGGUGGAGAGGGCCGGCGUGAUGGUGGGGCCUGGCUCAGGGCAGGUGGAGGAGCGGGGGCACCCCAGAGCACCCCAGGUGGUGCCAACCAGGCGGGGGAGGGGCAGUCCUCAAGCCUGUGCUUGGUCCUCCAUGCCCAGGCCUAGUGGGGCUCGCCAGGCCACCAUUCUCUUUGCACCCCUCCCCUCGGCCUGCUGCCUGUGCCUGCUUUGCACCCCCACUGCUUGGGCCGCGGUGUCUGCAUCGCCUUCCUUUUUGCCUUCACCUCUUCUCUUCCCCCCCGGCACAUGUGGGGUCUCGGCCCCCAGGCUGUGAGCUCCUUGGGGGCAGGCCCUCAAUAAAUGUGAAGUGCUGCUGCCCA